AUGAACAAGCUAUCUUCGAAGUUCCACGUCACAUUAAAGGUUAUCGACGACUCAGGCGAUGGCGUUUCAAAGGACACAUAUGAAAAAAACCUCAAGAGUAUAUGCACCUUAGAAACUCAGGAACACGUCUCAUACCUUCUUCAUCAUCUGAAGAACUUCGACACAACAGAUAAGCAGUUCUACAUAAACAUCUUCAAGGAAGGCAUCAAUCCAGUUUGGGAAGAUGAAAACAACAUGAAUGGUUGCGAUUGGAGUCUAAUGCUCAAAAAGGAGGUUGCUCAAAGAUACUUCGAAAGAAUACUGAUCUGCCUGUGUACUGGAUACUUCAAGACAUUCGUCCCAACUGGUAUAGUCGGGAUCCACAAGGAUAACAAGUUCAAACUCAGCAUCUGGUCAAAAAACCUUCCUUCAAACUCAGAAUGCGUACAAAUUAUCAACGAGCUUAAGGCCGCACUCGAAAUCAACUUUGUAAUCACAUUCCAUUACAAAAACCAUUCAAAAAUACUCGCAUACCACAAGUCUCUGGAGAUGUAG